CAGAAUCUUCUGUCACUCAGCUGAACUCACAUCUCCUGCCAACAUGUCCCACAGCUGCUGCUCUGGAAACUUCUCCUCCCGCUCCUUUGGGGGAUACCAGCACUACCCCAGCUCCUCGUGUGGCUCAUCCUACCCCAGCAACCUGGUCUACCGCACUGACGUCUGCUCUUCCAACACCUGCCAGGUGGGCUCCUCCCUCCACACUGGCUGUCAGGAGACCUGCUGUGAACCUACCAGCUUCCAGACAUCGUGUGUGGUGUCCAGCCCCUGCCAGACAUCCUGCUACCUCCCGAGGACCUCCAUGCUCUGCAGUCCGUGGUGGACCGCUUACCCUGGGUCUGUAGGCCUUGGGUCCAGAAGCUGCUACUCCCUGGACUAUGGAUCCAGAAGCUGCUGUUCACUGGGUUGUAGAUCCCAGGGUUUCAGACCCCUGGGUUUUAGAGUCUGUGGCUUCCCUUCCCUGAGCUAUGGAUCCAGAUUCUGCUGCCCAACCUACUUCACCUCUAGGAGCUGCCAGUCAUCUUAUUACAGGCCAGCCUGUGGCUCUGGCUUCUAUAGAUUAAUUUGUUGAGGGUCUGGAUGCUUUUGAGUAUUGACCUCAAAGUCUCUACUCAGUAUAGCCAUUGUUUUCAUUUCCACCAAUUACUAAAGUUCUUUUAUUCCUAAACCAUCAGUUUCUUGCUGCACUGACUUUUGGCUGACUCUGAACUCAAUGAGUAAUAUCAAAUUAAGACCUAAAUUCUGUACUAUUGAUAGAAUGUAUACUAUUGGAUUUUUAUUGAAAAGCAAUUGAAAAUGAAAAAUUUAAUCUAAUAAAUUGUUGUAAUCUGGCAUUCAAAUAUAUUGUUCAUCUCAUUAUUA